AUGGCAUUCAAGAGUUUCGUCUACAUAUUCUUCAUUUUACUCGUUGAAGUAUCAGCAAAGAAAAUAUUGUGCUUAAAUCCAAGCGGUAAACAAACUCGAUGCUCGUCGGCUUGUUAUUAUUUUGUGGUAUUCGAUAAUUGUAUGGGAAGUGUUGAAGUGAAAGAUACCGAUUGUUCGUUGAUGAGAUGUUUGCCGAUGCAAAACGGUUGCAUCUCGAUGGAGUCACCAGAUAAACGACACGUGAUGAAACAUUGCUGUUGUCGAGAACAUCUCUGCAAUGCAGUGAACAUCACUUUCGAUUCCCAACAUUUACGCUCAAUAGAGCAAUGUGGAUCGUUUAACAUUUGGGAUUUCUUGUAUGGAUUGUUGCCGGGUGUAGAGGAUGAUCUA